AAUGAUUAUUGAACCAUAACUAUUAACCAUCAGAAUUAGGAUAUAAAUGUUAAUUAUAUUUAUACGUUCGGCUAGCAGUAGUUGGGAAAUACAUUAAAAUUUACAUUUAAUUCGUACAAAACAAUAAUUAUUAUACAAUAGUCAAUAAUACCACAGAAUAGAAUAAUACACAUCGACAUCCAACCGGCGACCGGCGAACAUAUAACGCACAUAACAUUUUAUUGAUAACGAGCAACAGGUGGACACUGGACCGAGUGGACCGUGGAAUUAUAAGCCUUAGUUUAACACCACCUACUUCAAUAAGUCGUAUUCUAGUAUUAGUUGUAUUUGCUUCCCAUUAAUUUUACCGCCAGUACUCAUCAUCAUGUCCGAAGCGAGUGUUGCAAAAGUACUGUCUGGUACUGAAUUGUCCAAGGAAACGAAAAUCGGCCUAAAAAAACAAACGGAUGCACUUGCUGAACAUUUUAAUGGGUUUAAAGUUCACCUUGUUAUUGUUCAAGUAGGAGGACGCGAUGAUUCUAAUGUUUAUAUAAGACAAAAAAUUAAGUCUGCAGCCGAAGUGGGUGUGAAAGCGUCACAUAUACAGUAUCCCAAAACAAUCACUCAAACCGAGUUAUUGUCAGAAAUCAAUAAAUAUAACACUGAUCCGUCAGUGCAUGGUAUUAUCGUUCAAAUGCCAUUAGACUGUAUAGAAAAUAUUGAUUCACAUUUGAUCACCAAUGCUGUUUCCCCUGAGAAGGAUGUUGACGGUUUAAACAUUGUUAAUGAAGGUCGAGUAGCUAUUGGUGAUUUAACUGGUCUAAUCCCUUGCACUCCAAAUGGUGUUAUUCAACUAAUAAAAAGAAGUGGAAUUGAAAUUUCUGGAACAAGAGCUGUGGUGUUGGGUCGUAGUAAAAUUGUUGGGGCACCUGUGGCUAGUUUACUUUUAUGGCAUAAUGCUACUGUUACAAUUUGUCAUUCUAAAACUAAGGACAUUGAAAAAGAGGUAUCCAAAGCAGAUAUUUUAGUGGUUGCUAUUGGCAAACCAGAAUUUGUUCAUGGGUCGUGGAUAAAACCAGGAGCUGUAGUUAUAGACUGUGGUAUCAAUUCUCUUCCAGAUUCUUCAAAAAAGUCUGGUUAUCGUUUGGUUGGAGAUGUUCACUACACAUCAGCAUCUCAGAUAGCGUCUGCCAUUACACCAGUGCCUGGUGGUGUUGGACCUAUGACUGUGGCUAUGUUGCUAUCAAAUACUGUACAAGCAGCUACAAAGGUUGCAAACAUUAUUUACAAGAGCCAAUGGAAUUUAGGCAUACUUCCAUUAAAACUUCAAAGACCAGUGCCAAGUGAUAUUGAAAUUGCUAGAAGUCAAGAACCAAAGAAUAUAAUGGUAUUGGCUAAAGAAAUAGGUCUACAAGAAUCUGAAGUGAUAUUAUAUGGUAAUAAAAAAGCUAAAAUUUGUUUGUCCGCUUUAGACCGCCUGAAGAAUAUAAAAAACGGAAAAUAUGUUGUGAUUACUGGUAUCACACCAACAUCAUUAGGUGAAGGCAAGAGCACAACAACAGUAGGUCUUGUUCAAGCUUUAGCAGCACACUCCAAAAAAAAUACUAUUGCCUGUUUGAGACAGCCUUCACAAGGACCAACAUUUGGAAUUAAAGGUGGUGCAGCUGGCGGUGGUUACUCUCAAGUGAUACCUAUGGAAGAUUUCAACCUCCAUCUGACUGGUGAUAUACAUGCAGUUACAGCUGCAAACAAUUUGAUGGCUGCACAAAUUGAUACUCGUAUGUUCCACGAGGCCACCCAAAAAGACCAAGCUUUAUAUGAUCGUCUUGUACCAACUGUGAAUGGUGUACGUAAGUUUUCUCCCAUACAACUGAACAGAUUAAAGAGGCUUGGAAUUAACCAUACCGACCCAUCAAAGUUGACUGCUGAAGAAAUUGCUUCUUUUUCUAGACUAAAUAUUGAUCCAAAUACCAUAACAUGGAAUAGAGUAAUGGAUACAAAUGAUCGCUUUUUGCGUAAAAUUACGGUUGGCCAGUCACCAACUGAGAAAAACCGUACUCGUCAAACAUGUUUUGACAUAUCUGUGGCAAGUGAAAUCAUGGCUAUUCUCGCUCUGGCCAAAGAUGUCAAAGAUCUAAAAGAAAGACUAUCAAACAUAGUAGUUGCACAGGAUAUCAAUGGUAAAAAUGUCACUGCAGAUGACUUAGGUAUGACUGGAGCAAUGGCUGUGCUUCUGAAAGAUGCCAUUAACCCAACGUUAAUGCAGACUCUUGAAGGAACACCAGUACUGGUGCAUGCUGGCCCAUUCGCUAAUAUUGCUCAUGGUGCCUCAUCUAUUGUGGCAGAUCUUCUAGCUUCUAAGCUAGUUGGUUCUGAUGGCUUUGUUGUUACUGAAGCCGGUUUUGGAUCAGAUAUUGGAAUGGAAAAAUUUUUCAACAUCAAAACCAGGUAUUCCGGUCUUUUGCCAAGUACCAUAGUGUUAGUGUGUACUAUUAGAGCAUUAAGAAUGCAUGGUGGUGGAGCUAUCCAUCCUAAUACCUCUGUUACACCAGAAGAAAAAGAAGAAGCAUUAAGUAAAGGCGUAGAAAAUUUGCAAAAGCACAUAAGCAAUAGUGUGAAAUAUGGUAUUCCUGUAGUCGUGGCCAUAAAUGCUAUGAAUGCCGAUACUGAAAAUGAAUGGAAAAUUGUUAGAGAUGCGAGUCUACAGGCAGGUGCAAUAGAUGCAGUUGUUAGUACCCACUGGGAAAAUGGUGGGUCUGGAGCUAUUAAAUUAGCCGAGGCUGUCAUUUCAGCUAGUCAACAACCUCAGGAAUUCAAAUUUUUGUAUGAUCUAAAUAUGCCAUUGCAACUCAAAAUCGAAACUAUUGCUAAAGAAAUGUAUGGUGCAAAAUCUGUGGAGUUUAAUGAAAAUGUUUUAAACAAAUUGAAUACAUAUGAAUCUAAGGGUUAUGGGAAGUUACCAGUUUGUGUGGCUAAGACAGCGUUGUCAUUAAGUGGAGAUCCAAAUCUAAAAGGUGUCCCUACAAACUUCACACUACCAAUAGUGGAUGUAUAUGUAUCUGUUGGUGCUGGAUUUGUUGUAACAAUAGCUGGAGAAAUAUCCAAAAUGCCAAGCUUGUCUACUCGUCCAAGUAUCUACGAUAUAGACUUAAACACCGAAACAGGAGAAAUCAUCGGUCUGUCUUAGUGCAGCCAUUAUACCAUUACCACAACCACACACAUAGUGCCAUAUAAAUUCUGUUGAAUUACAAGUACCUAUAAUUAUUACAUUUUAAUUGUUUAAAUAUCUUUUUUUUGUAUUUCAUUAAUCAUAACUAAAAAAUAUAAUAUAAAUAUAUUAUGGAAUUAUCAAUUUAUUUCAUCAUUGCAUCAUAUAUUUUAUUUAUUAUAAAUUUAUAACACAAUUUAAUUUAAUUUUGUAUAGCUGAAGAACUUAUAUUAUAUUUUUUACUUUUAAAUGAAGCUAAGUUAAUAAAAACAAAUGUUAGGUACAUUAUUUUUUUAAAUACCAAAUUGUAAAUCAAAAUUUUAUUAAAUUUAUUUUAUUUUA